CAUGCAGCGUUUCAGUUUGUCGAAAUCAUUUUUUUAAGUUAGGUUAUAAUCGUAUGCAUCAAAUCAUACAAUUAAUUAUAAGCUAGUUUUUUAAGGAAAAAACUUAAAUUUAGUGAAUUUGCAGUGCGAAUAAAUUGAGAUUCCCGCAGACGAACACUUGGCGGAAACGAAAGUUACGUAUUGAAGUCGUGGCUUUAGUUCUCUAAGCUAAACAACCGCAAAGUGUGGAUAUAGCAUAUUCAAGCCCCUUCAGUAGUCGGAGCGAGUUUCUUCACUUAAGCUAGCUAUACUUUGCUUAAAUAACACUAACGAUAACAAACUAAGAAACUACUAGUUAAACUUCAUUAAGGUAUUAAAAAUACUAUAUUCGCUAAGAAAACCAGCGCAAAAACAACAGAAAAGUUUGCAGCAGCAACAGAAGAAGUAACGGCCUAAAAACGAUUUCAACAACUGCAACUAGUCCCCAGAAGAUCAUGGAGGAAGACGAGAGGGGAAAACUUUUUGUUGGCGGUCUUUCAUGGGAGACGACGCAAGAGAAUCUAUCGCGUUAUUUCUGCCGUUUCGGAGAAAUUAUUGAUUGUGUAGUAAUGAAGAACAACGAGAGCGGACGUUCCCGUGGUUUUGGUUUCGUUACAUUUGCAGAUCCUGCAAAUGUGAACCAUGUACUUCAAAGCGGUCCGCAUACACUUGACGGACGAACAAUCGACCCGAAACCAUGUAAUCCACGCACUCUUCAAAAACCUAAAAAGGGUGGCGGCUAUAAAGUUUUUCUUGGUGGUUUGCCGUCCAAUGUAACUGAGACGGAUUUGCGUACAUUCUUUGGACGCUAUGGCAAAGUGACUGAGGUUGUUAUCAUGUACGAUCAAGAAAAGAAAAAAUCCCGUGGUUUCGGCUUCUUAUCCUUUGAAGAGGAAUCUUCUGUGGAACAUGUCACCAAUGAACGGUACAUCAAUCUUAAUGGCAAACAGGUGGAAAUCAAAAAGGCGGAACCACGUGAUGGAUCGGGCGGUCAAAACGCUAAUAAUAGCAAUGUUAGUGGUGGCUAUGGAAAACUUGGCAAUGAAUGCAAUCAUUGGGGCCCCCAUCAUGCGCCUAUUAAUAUGAUGCAGGGUCAAAAUGGCCAAAUGGGAGGUCCACCACUUAACAUGCCAAUUGGAGCUCCAAAUAUGAUGCCUGGCUAUCAAGGUUGGGGAACUUCGCCACAACAACAAGGCUAUGGUUAUGGAAACAGCGGCCCUGGUUCAUACCAAGGUUGGGGUGCACCACCGGGACCACAGGGACCACCACCGCAAUGGUCGAACUAUGCAGCUGGUCCGCAACAAACACAAGGAUAUGGAGGUUAUGAUAUGUACAAUUCGACCUCAACUGGCGGACCAUCGGGUCCUUCAGGUGGUGGAAGCUGGAACUCUUGGAAUAUACCACCAAAUUCGGCUGGACCAACGGGAGCACCAGGCGCUGCUGCUGGAAGCGCUACUGAUAUGUAUUCACGCGCUCAAACAUGGGGUGCAGGUGGCCCCUCGACAACUGGUCCAGUAGGUGGCAUGCCGCGAACUGGCCCUGGUAACUCAGCGUCAAAAUCAGGCUCUGAAUAUGACUACGGCGGUUAUGGCUCUGGUUAUGAUUAUGACUACAGCAACUAUGGCAAGCAAGACGGCGGUGCUUCGAACUAUGGCGCCGGACCACGUUCAACGUAUGGAAAUGACAGUGCAACACAACCUCCAUACGCUGCCUCGCAGGCAGUUUAAGGCGCAUUAGUCUAGAUACACUUAACGCGUCCAAAUUGCAGCGUCCUCGCCGAAGUAGUGAACGUUGCCUUUCGGCCGUGUACAGUGAAACAAGAUUAAUUAUAAGCUUAGCGUCUAUUCAUUCAGUUCAGUUGUUGAAAUUAAUUACUAACUAUAUAUAUAUAUAUAUUACAUAAACAAAUACUAAAUAUAAAGUUUAUAUACAUACAUUACUUAUAUUGAGGAAAAAGGACAAAGAAAAACACAUAUGUGAAGGCAUAAAAAUAAAGCGAAGAGCAUUAGGCACUUAACAAAACAUACAUAAACACACUGCUACCAUCCAUUAUACACAGACAUUGACUAAAAUCGUAGCGUAAAAUUACAAGCAAAAAGUAAAUUCAUAAUUUGAAGAUAUUUAGCGAACAAAUCGUAAACUGUUCAUUAAUCUAGUAUAAAUUUGUUAGAAUGAAUCAACUGGUACAGCUAUAAGGAUAUAAGAUGAGACUGUAGGGGAAUGGGUAUAUGUAGUGGCGAUCUUAUUUUGAAUUAAUUAGGAGUUAUUUAUUUUUUGCAUGAAUUUGAUGAAUGAAUGCCCAAAAUAACUCGCUUUUAGGCACAAUACUACAAUAAUUUAGAUGGAUAUUUUUCGGGAAUACAUUUAUACUUAACGUGUUAUAAGUUGUACCUAAUCAUUUAAAUAAGCUAUUAGUGUAUAAGGAGUUGUUUUAUAUUUCGCUCCCCAGUAAUAUUUACUUUUAGUUCUCUAUGUUAGGACGUUUGUUAAACUGUAAAUUCGUUGCACAUCUGCACAUUUGCCGCAUUUAAAUACACUACAGUCUAACCUAGCUGGCAGUUCCAGUUGAUUUCUUUUAUUUCUUAAUCUCAAGAGAAUAGUAUUGUUGAACUACAUUAAAUUGGAUUUUGUGUGCAUAAAUUGUAUACACCAACACACAUCCACAUCCUUUUAUAAUUACACUUAUGGUUUGAUCUUUAGUUACAACUUAAAUUAUAAUAAUAAAAAUAGUAAAUUACAAUAAUAUUUAAAUUAUAUAUACAAACAUAUACAUUGCUAUAUCAAUUUUUGAAGUGUGUAAAUGAGUAAAAUUGAAUAGGUGAAAACGAAAUGUAAACACACACAUAUAUAUUCACUUUAUAUAUAACUAUGAAGAUAGAACAACAAGAAUUAUGUGUAGUAAUAGUGAAUUAAAGCGCCAAUAUAUAUAGAUGCAUAUACAUGUAUAUACAUAUAUUAUACAUACCUACAAACUUAGUUUACAUACAAUAAUUUAUCAAAAUUUUGAUGAAACAAGAGGACAAAAAAAGGAAAAAAGAACAAAAAUUACAUUUGAAGUUGAUAAGAGUAAAUAAACGGAAUGUUUUAAUUUAGAAAUAAUAUAUGUCAUCAAGUGUAUGAUGUGUAGUCUAUAUAUAGUUUAUAACUAUUACUACGAUAAUUACAAACGCAAUUUAAAUACGGUGUCCGCGAAAGUAAUACAAACUCUAAUAUAAAUA